UUCUUCUUCUUCUUCUUCUUCUUCUUCUUCUUCUUCUUCUUCUUCUUCUUCUUUUUCUUCUUCUUGGUUCUGAAUUGCCCAUCUAGGGUUUAGAUCGACGGUCAUGGCAGAAACCCAUGAAAAUUGUGAGCGACUUUAUCUUCUUGCUUGUGUGUGUGAUCUUGAGUCCAAGAAAUUGGAGUACCCAUUACCAGUUACAAUUAAUUUCCCAAAGAAGCCUAGGUCUCUGUCUCUGUCUCUCAGGAGGAGGCCCACAAGAUUCCCCAGUCCUCAAUCACCACCAUCACCGGAUCAUCAACUUGCUUCAAAUUUGAAGGUUUCUGCUACGCUUCUUGGAAAAAGAUGUUUCUUUCAACAAGUUGAUAAUGCUGAUCAACUUAACUCCAGCAGCAAGAAACAGAGGAAACAGAGUAAGAUGACCACCAAACAACAGGAUCUCAACCUCAAUGCUAACCUUCAAAUUCAAAACCCCCACUUGCCUAGCAACUUUCUUGAUCAUAUCAAAGCUUUGGGUGGUUCUGAUGUUAAGCUUGUCAUUGAGAAAAAGCUUACCAACACUGAUUUGGACAUUGGUAACCAUCGGUUCUCUAUGCCUUUGAGUAUGAUCCACUCUGAAUUUCUCACUAAAGAUGAGAAGGAGUCUCUCACCAUCAAGAUCGGUAAACAUCUUAUGGGCAUUGAUGUUUUGCUUUGGGAUCCUUUUCUUGAUCACAAUACCAAACUUUGCUUGAAGAAGUGGGAUUUUACCAAAACCUCCAGCUCUUACAUGUUGAUUGAAAACUGGAAUUAUGUUGCUGACAGGAACGAUUUGAGAGCUGAUAUGAUGGUCCAGAUGUGGUCUUUCCGAGUCAACUCAAAACUUUGUUUUGCCCUGGUUUAUUAAGUUUAAGAAUAAUCCAAUUUUUUUUUUUUCUUUUUUUUUUCCACGGACAGAUUCAAUGGUGGUGUUGAAUUUGUACAGAUCAAUUCUGUGUAGUUGAAAUCUUGUUUAUUUCGUAUUUUAGUUUACCAUUUGAGUAAAUACAUUAAUUUUUCA